GUUUUUUUUUUUUCUUUAAAUGAUUUUUGGGAAUUUAUUAUAAUUAUUAAAAUUAUUAGUUAAAAUCACAUUGCAAGUGCUGUGGCUGCGGAUGUAUUAAUAGGUGUUACGGUAUUACAAUGGAUCCAAAAACCAAAGAUUAUAUGUUAGUGCUACAAUAUGCAAAGGAGAAUUUACAUGAAUAUUUACAAACUAAUUAUGUCAAGAUUACAUGGAAAGAAAAGGUUGAAAUGUUAUAUCAAAUAUCAAUUGGAGUUAAAAGAAUUCAUGACGCAGAUUAUACACAUGGGGACUUGCAUAGUGGAAAUAUACUGCAUCAAGAGAAUCCUAAUAAUAAAAAUUAUCAAAUUACAGAUUUAGGAAGGGCGCAACCCGAAGAUAAUCCUAGUAAUGAGAUAUACGGUAUAAUACUUUCAUUAUGGAAUACUAACAGAGAUAUAGGAUUAUGUGUAAAUGAAACAAAAGUUUAUGGAGUUAUGCCUUAUAUAGCACCUGAAGUAUUGAGAGGAAAGAAAUAUACUCAAGCAGCGGAUAUAUACAGUCUUGGUAUGUUAAUGUAUUUUAUAGCCACUGGAAAACAACCUUUUUACGAUUGGCCACAUGAUCAAGUUUUAGCAAUAUGGGUAUGCGAAGAUCAUAGACCCGAAAUAAAUGAACCAGAGGCACCAAAAUGUUAUAUUGAUUUAAUGAAGAGAUGUUGGGAUUUAAAUCCAGAUAAUAGACCAAAAAUAAAUGAAAUAAUUGAAUUAGCGGGUUAUUUAAUGAUUUUGAACAACAGCAACAUAAUGAAAUUGGAAGGCAAUUGAAAGAAGCCGAAGAAUAUAGAAAAGAAAAUCCUUUAUCAAUUGAUGUUAUUCAAUCAAAUACUCAUUCACAAGCUAUUUAUACAUCUCGAUUACUAGAUAUUGAUAAUAAUUCAGUAGAAAUUAUAGACCUAACAGAGU